AUGACUUCUUCCAUUACACUUUGUAUACCAUCUUCAUGCAUUUCACGAAGCAACUGUAAAAAUCUGGAGCAAGCUACGUUCACCGCCUAUCAAAUAGCGAGAGCGGCCUGCACUUAUAACGUUGGCGAGAUAGUGAUCCUUGACGUGCCAGAGAACACGGAAGCUGAAGAAUCGAACAAGAUCAAGUUUGAGGAAAAGAAUACUACAGCAAGUGACUCGUCUCGGCUUCUUGCUUCUCUUCUUCAGUUCUUCACGACGCCUUCAUAUCUUGUGAAAAGUGUGUUUCAAGCAUCAGUGAUAGAAUACUUCAAAAUAGCCAAGAAGUUGCCUAAAAUCUCAACCCUUCCAUACAUGCAAAAUGACGCUGCUGCUUGCUUCAGAGAAGGAAUCUCGAUUCCAAAAAUGUCGGUGGUGAAGAAAAAUGCUGAAGGCAAGGUGGUGAAAAAGAAGAAGCCUGCCACUACCAAGUACGUCAAUACAGGAGAGCGCGAGAUACUGGAGCUCGAGAAGGAAAUACCUAUCAAUACUAGAGUCACUGUGAAUACGAAAACGAAAAGCGUGGUAUCUCCAGACGAGGCUUACGGGAAAGCAGGCGCUUUGAGGACUUUUGGGUAUCACGUGCGGGUGGCCACCAGGUUUAGUAGCCUAUUUACUGAGCCAGGAUACACCGAGGGAUAUGAUCGAUGCAUUUAUGUGAGCAGCGGCGAUUACUUCUCUAAUGAGCAGCCUGCAACUGGACUCCCGAGCUACCAGAAAGAAUCAAACAAAAGGCUUUUGCUGGUUGUGGCUAAAUGGAACGACAUUCAAAAAGCAUUCAAAUAUGAAACCAUUGAAGGGGUUACCGAGCCCCAACAAAUGAUGGACUGUACUUUAGAAAUUCCACUGGGCACAAGAAUCGAGGAUGGAGUCCUUGUUUCGCUGGCAAAAUUAUAA